UGCGUUUGAAUUAUAUAAUAUACUUAAGUUUGUGCAUUUAAAUUAAAAUCUUAGUUUGGACAAAAUUAGAAAAAGUAAUUUUCAAAUUUACACAGUUUACUUACAUUAAAUGAAUGAAAUAAAGUUGUGUUGGUUCUGCAGUACCGCACUUUGAUCAGCAGGUGGCGCUGCACCAGCGCAUGCGCAGAUAGAACGCACAUGGUUCACUCUUCUGAUUACGGUCGGCCAUUUUCUGCAUUAACGUCUUAUAAACAAAAUUACUUUACAAGCGGAGAAAAUGGAGAAAGUUCUGUCUUUAUGUGGAGACACAGAGUUUGGAAGUUAUGCCUCAGGAGUCCCACAAGUGGCUGUGCAGAGAUUGUGGCUCAUUUCACACAUCCAAAUCAACGCUUUUAAAACACUUCAGGUUUCUGCAGAAUUCGGUAGGAUUACAACAAUCCCUUUGGUGUCCAAAUUCAUGGGUCAGCUCGAUCAUUUCUCAACUCAGCUUAUCAGUGUUUUCAGAAAGAAAGGAGGAGCAGCAGGACAAAAGAUCAACAACAUCAUGUCAGUUUUGGAUCAGGGUGUUUCCAUCGAAAAAAGACGUGAAUGCAUCCUAAAAGCACUUGUUGUUUAUGUGAACGAAGACCCCUCAAACCUUGUGAAGGAGUACAUGGAUGUUGAACAUGAAGCCCAAACCAUGAUGCGCAACACCACCCUUGGGAUCUACGUCAUCAACCCUGAAGGGGCACAUGCUACAGACCCUUACCAAGAUGUUGGCAUCAUCAUUGAAGGCAUCAAAAUACUUGAAAACCUUAACAAUGUGGCACAUGCGUGUUCUAUGAUGCUUGGUCUGAUUUAUGUAUUCAACUUGGCCUACCCGCAAGAUUUGAGGUACACUUUGAGAUAUUUCAAAAGCUUUUGAUGGAGCUAGAUGCCAACAAGCUGUCAAACAAGGUCCAUGUCCUGAAAAAUAAGCUUCUUUUCUAAGUACUAAGUUGAGGUCAGGAUCAAGUGAUGGUACUUAUGUUUCUGCAAUGUUACACUGCAAAAAAUGAUUUUCAAGAAAAUUCUUAGUAUUUUUGUCUUGUUUUCAGUAAAAAUAUUUACAUUUUUUAAAAUUAAGAUGCUUUUUCUUGAUGAGCAAAAGGAUCCAAGAAAAUAACUCUAGUUUUUAGAUCAAAAAAAUCUAAUUAAAUUUAUUUUGUGCAUAAAACAAGCAAAAAAACUG